AUGUGCACUUACAAACUUGAUGUUAUCCUCCAAAUGCCUGAACUGCCUUUGGAAGAGGCAGAAAAAUACGCCUGGAAUUCAGAAGAUCAUUCAGUUAAUGUUUAUGUGAAGCCUGAUGAUAAAUUAACAAUGCAUAGGCAUCCGGUUGCUCAAAGUUCUGAUGCUAUUAGGGCAAAAAUUGGAUUCUCCCGUGGUUUUCACGUCUGGCAAAUAAUUUGGCCCGUUCAUCAAAGAGGAACACACGCAGCAAUAGGGGUAGUAACCAAAAAGGCUUCUUUACGUGUUGCCGGGUAUUCCUCACUUAUUGGGAAUGAUGAAGAGGGUUAUGGUUGGAAUAUUGUUGAUAAUAAAUGCUACCACGAUUCAGCUAACACAAAAGGAUGGGUUUAUCCAAUGCAACCACUUCAAAUAUCCAACGGUCAACGUGACCAGCAACAAAUUACCUCAUUCCAAACACCAGAAAAAAUUUAUUGUAUUUUGGAUAUGGAUGAAGGAAAAAUGUCUUUCGCUACAGAUUCAUCAUUUUUAGGAACUGCAUUUUGUGGAUUAAAGGGAAAAAAGUUAUACCCAGCAGUUAGCGCAGUAUGGGGACAUUGUGAAGUUACAAUUCGAUAUAUUGGAGGACUUGAUCCUGAGCCCAGACAACUAAUGGAUAUUUGUCGCCGAAGGAUACGGCUCGCUCUAGGCACCAACGGAUUGGCGCGAGUGUCCGAAUUGAACGUUCCUCCACCUUUAAAACAAUAUCUUCUCUAUAAUUGA